AAAAUGUCAGCCUCCACGGAACUUAUCUUAAUUCAUCGACUUUGAGAUUUGAUUGCCCAUUAGUGCAAUUAAAUUGAUAGGCAAUCGCGCGAUUGAUAAUUACGUCUGGUCACCAUGGUUAGAUAGUUAGUUUUAAGAUGUUUAAGAUAGGAGAUUUAGAUUUAUCUCUGUUCUGUACCUGUUUAUUGGCAUGGGUAGCUGUCUACUAUUUGUUGUUUUAUCUGUUUCCAACACGAGGAGCUGAAUGGCAGUGUCGGACAAUUACAGUCAGUCAUGCAGUAGUCAUUAGUUUUAUGGCAGGCUGGUGUUGUUUUAUUCAGGGACCAUGGCCGCUUACAGAUGCAGGGGGACCUAACACACGUUUACAGAUUGUAACAGCCACGAUAUGUUUAAGUUAUUUUAUCUUUGAUUUUUCAUGGUGUUUAUAUUAUCAGACAGAAGGAUUUACAAUGCUGCUGCACCAUUUUCUCAGUAUUAUAGGACUCUUAGUCACGUUACUAGUCGGAAAAUAUGGCACAGAACUCGUAGCAACCAUAUGUGGAGGGGAGAUAACUAACCCUCUAUUGCAGUUACGAUGGUUUCUACGGGAAACGGGUCAUAAAAAUAGUUUAGCUGCUGAAGUUGUUGAUUGGAUGUUUGUCUGUUCCUUCGGAUUCAUGCGUCUAGGCGUCGGAACUAUUUUGUUGUACUGCUAUUUCACACAACCGACUGACAACCUCGGUAGAUUCGGUGCUGUUUGUAUAUAUUCGCUGGGCGUUAUUUUCUGGGUAAACAUAAUGCAGUUUGCUUUCAAAAAAUAUUCUGGAAAGAACAGAAAGAAAAGAACACCUAGAAAUAAAUCUGAAGGGGAGGUAACUACAAAUGGUUUAAAUGGAGUCAAAUCUCAGAAGACAUUAAACAGUGAAUAUAUUAAUAGUAUUCCAUCUCAGGGAGAGCUCAAGAGAGCCAAUGGCUGUUUGAAUUUUGACAAAAAGCAUCUGGUGCACCGAAAACGAAAUGGUGUCGUAAAACAAGACAGACUAUAAAAUUGGCAGCAGAUGAAAACAAAUAUUUUAUUUAUAAUAAAUUAUUUAGGCCAACCAAAAAUUUACUGGUUCUCUG